AUGCAAACCACGCCUUACCCUAUGAACUCACAACUCGCGCAACCAUCCACGAUGAUGAUGAUGAUGAACGGUCCACCUCCUCCGCAAUGCUCAUCCAAAGUAGAGUUGCACAUAUCGUGUCGUAAUUUGAGGAAUAUGGAUGUUUUGAGCAAGUCUGAUCCGAGAGUAUUGGUAUAUAUUGGAUUUCCUCAAAAUAAUCCACAGUUUACUUGGAGAUUAUUGGGAGAGACCGAAACGGUGAAGGAUAAUUUAAAUCCAAACUUUGUGAAAUCUUUUGUUUUGGAUUAUUUCUUUGAAGAAACUCAACCUUUGAAAUUUGCUUGCUAUGACAUUGAUAAUUCUACGACGACACUCAAUGAUGAUGAUUUUAUUGGAGAAAUGACCACCACAUUGGGUGAAAUUUGUGGAAGCAGAGGUCAAAAAUUAAUCAAACAUUUAUUGGUUGGCAAUUCCAAGACAUCCCGAGGAACAAUUAUUGUCAGUGCAGAGGAAAUUAAUUCAAAUGUGACUGAUGAUGUCGAAAUUCAAUUGGCUGGAGUUUCUUUGGCAAAGAUGGACCUUUUCGGAAAGUCGGAUCCAUAUUUCAUCAUUGAAAAGCUGCACAGUGGUCAAUAUCUUAAUGUUUUUCAAUCGGAAACCAUCAUGAACACACUCAACCCACUGUGGAAACCUUUCAGAAUCCCAUUAGCAAAGUUGUGCAAUGGUGACGUUAUGAGACCUCUGAAAAUUAGCGUCUAUGAUUAUGAUAAAUUCUCUCAACCAGAUUUCAUUGGAGACUGUGAAACAAAUCUAGACUCCAUCAUGAAAGGCACUCUUUCUCUAAAAUUGGUAAACAAGAACAAGAAAAAAGGCAAAGAACACACCGGAGAUUUAGUUGUGAAAUCUGCAAAACUCGUAAGAAAUUAUUCCUUCUUGGAAUUCAUUGCAGGAGGUCUCAAAAUGAAUUUAUUGGUAGCCAUUGAUUUUACUGCCUCAAAUGGUAAUGUCACAGAUCCAAACUCCCUCCACUACAACAAGCCAGGACAAAUGAAUCAAUAUGAGUCUGCCAUUUAUGCGGUGGGACAAAUUCUCAGCGAUUAUGACUAUGACAAGAGGUUCCCUUGUUUUGGGUAUGGUGGAUAUAUUAAUGGUACAACGUCACAUUGUUUUGCAUUGAAUGGAAAUCCUCAACAACCAGAGUGUUUGGGCGUUCCUGGAAUUUUGCAAGCAUACAGACAAGCUCUAAAUAAUGUUUCUCUAAGUGGACCAACGUUAUUUGCUAAUGUGAUUCAAACAGCAUGCCGUUACGCCUCACAGCCAAUUUCACAACAAAAUCAAGAAUAUUAUAUCUUGUUGAUUAUCACAGACGGAGCCAUCAACGACAUGGACGCGACUAUUGAUGAAAUUGUUAAAGCAAGCGAUUUACCACUUUCUAUCAUUAUUGUUGGUGUGGGCAAUGCCAAUUUCGAAUCCAUGGUCACUCUCGAUGGAGAUGAUGGAAGACUCAGAUCUACUCGUACUGGAAGAUAUGCAAGUAGAGACAUUGUACAAUUUGUUCCAUUUAACCAAUUCAGAAAUCAACCCUAUACCUAUCUUGCGAAAGAGGUUUUGGCUGAAAUUCCUCAACAAGUGACAAGUUUCAUGAAGAUGAAAAACAUUGUUCCAAAUCCAAGACUUGUCGUUCCUGAAUACGUUCCUCCCAUGACGAAUGAGGAAUUACCAAGAGGUUCCCUCUCAGAAAAUUACAACCCAAACCUUGCCACUCCACCAUCAUCGUCCUUCACCACUCUAAAUGCCACCUCAACAUCAACCUUAACACAGCAACCACCUUAUCCAACCAAUGUACAAUACAAGAUCUAA